AUGUCUGUCAAGUCAAGCGCUGCUGUUUUUGUCCACACAGGAGACCCUCAACAAGUCAUCCAAGUCGAGUCCGCCACUCUGCCAGCACCAGCUGCCGACGAGAUCUUGCUCAAGAACCUGGCUGCCACCUUGAAUCCCAGUGAUGUCGGCACUGUCUGGGGCACUUACGCCACAAUCCCUCCCCGCAGCACUCUCUACACCUCAGAACCCUCGGCCAUCAUUGGUAACGAGGCCAUUUUCGAAGUUGUCUCAGUGGGCAAGGACGUGACCAGCUUUAAGCCCGGUGACUGGGCCUUCCCCAGCGCCAAGACCUCUGGUACUUGGUGCACCCACAUUGUGGGGAAAGCCAUCCAUUUCAUGCCUGUUCCCAAAAUCUCCGACCCUGUCCUCACCUCCCAAGCCUUUAUUAACCCAACCACCGCCUACCAGCUGCUCAAGACCUACCUCGAUCUCGAAAAGGAUGACUGGGUUGUUCAGAAUGGCGCCAAUUCAGCUGUUGGCCGUGCCACUAUCCAGCUUGCUCGUGAGUGGGGCAUUAAGACCCUGAAUAUUAUCCGUGAGCGUCCAGACGUUGAAGACCUUAAGAAAGAGCUUUUGGCUCUUGGUGCAACUGCUGUCGUCACUGAUAAGGAGAUUGCCGACCCUGAUUUCGUCAAGACUGCUUUGCCCAAGAUCACUGGCGGCGGCAACGUUCGCUUGGGUCUCGAGUGUGUUGGUGGUAAGUCUGCCCAGUAUGUUGGCUCUGCUCUGUCGCAUGGUGGCACUCUCGUCAUCUACGGCUGCAUGUCGAUGACCUCGCCAGUUCUGCCUGCUUCUCUUUUCAUCUUCAAAGACAUUACUACCAAGGGCUACUGGCUUGCAACACGUCUUACCAGUAACCCCAAGCUCAAGGCGGAAGCUCUUUCUACCAUUUUCGACCUCAUCAAGAGUGGCAAAUUAGAGCUCAAUCCUGUCCAGAAGCACAUCUUCAAGGUUAAUGGAACUAAGGAGGAGCAACUCAAGGCUGUUAGAGAAGCUUUUACUGUGCAGAGCCGUGGCUUUUCCAACAAGAAGCAAGUCAUUGUUUUUGAGUAA